AUGACGAAAACAAAGCCUCAACUCAUCUUCCUCUUUAGCAUCUUCAUUGUCUUUCUGUGCUUCUCUCUUGGGAAGUCAUCAGAUUUUGAGCUGGAGGAUGACUCUUGGCUUAAUGAUGAAGAUGACGAAGUUAACAUGGUUCAGAGCCAACAAAAUUCAAGGAGCAGAUGUGAUUUUUCGGUUGGCAAGUGGGUUUACGAUCAAUCGUAUCCUCUCUAUGACUCUAAUUGUCCAUAUCUGAGCACUGCAGUGACUUGUCAGAAAAAUGGAAGGCCGGAUUCCGACUACGAAAAGUGGAGGUGGAAGCCAAACAGCUGCUCCAUUCCUAGGUUUGAUGCAUUGAAAUUUCUUGGAAAAAUGAGAAGGAAAAGGAUAAUGCUGGUGGGUGAUUCUAUAAUGAGGAAUCAGUGGGAGUCUCUAGUCUGCUUGGUACAAGGAGUUGUUCCAACUGGUCGAAAGAGAGUGACCUACAAUGGUCCUUCCAUGGCAUUCCAUGCAAUGGACUUUGAGACAUCAAUUGAGUUUUCAUGGGCUCCACUCCUAGUAGAAUUGAACAAAGGAGCUGAAAAGAAGAGAAUUUUACAUUUGGACUUGAUAGAAGAGAAUGCAAAGUAUUGGAGAGGAGUUGAUGUUCUUGUGUUUGAUUCUGCUCACUGGUGGACUCAUUCUGAUCAAUCGAGUUCGUGGGAUUAUUACAUGGAGGGACACUCUCUCUAUACAAAUAUGAACCCAAUGGUCGCAUACCAAAAAGGACUCACUACAUGGGCUAAAUGGGUUGAUUUAAACCUAGACCCUCGUAAAACCAGAGUAAUUUUUCGAAGCAUGUCACCUAGGCAUAACAGAGAGAAUGGUUGGAGAUGCUAUAAUCAGAAGCAGCCUCUAGCUUAUUUCAGUCACCAACAUGUUCCUGAACCAUUGCUAGUAUUGCAAGGUGUAUUGAUAAAGAUGAGAUUUCCAGUAUAUCUUCAGGACAUAACUACAAUGUCUGCUUUUCGAAGAGACGGGCACCCUUCUGUGUACAGAAGGGCAAUGGGGCAGGAAGAGAGGCAGCACCCGAGGGACUUUUCCUCUGACUGCAGCCAUUGGUGCCUACCUGGGGUGCCUGAUAGCUGGAAUGAGAUUCUGAGUGCCUUGCUCUGA